GCGUCAUUUGAAUUUAGUCUAUGUAAUUAUCAGGCGCCCAGGCGCCCAAGCGCUCACUCUAUUCCUUCCCUCUUUGUCCGACCUCGCACCUCUUUCGACUUUUCUUGGGUGAAAGGUUUAAAAAGUAAACCUGUUCGCGGUGGAAUCUUCUUGGCUGUCAUAGUCUCCUAUCGGAUCAUCCUGGGGCGCUUUGAAUGUCAUGCUACCUUCGAACUCAGGCAAAUUAACGGAGGCUGGACCUUCAUUGGCAGGGGAAGCCGAUGGGGAGCACUUGGUGCAAGAUGCCGUCGUCCUCGACAUGGCACCGUUCAAUAAGUUUAGCAUAAUCUCCCCAUCUGAACCGAGCCGACCCAUUUCGACACCAACUUCUUCAGACAGACCAGCAUUGAGCUCUUCGGAUUCAGGAGGAGACAGUUCAGAUGAUGAUGACUCGGGUCAAGAGAGGGAAAAUGGAGACACCUUUGAUGCCAAUCACUCACCAUCUAUUCCUCGACUACGACCAAUUCUACCAGGCCCACCAAUACAGAAUCAUCCUCGUUUUUCCCGUGCCUUCUCUCUUCCACUUCCCUCACAACUUGGCCAUUUGAAACACCCUCACAGAUCUUCAUUAUCUUCGCUGAUGAAACCCAUUCAUUCCGAGCCCGUCUCACCGCAAUCGCACCCGUUCACCGAGUUGUCUCUUGAACUCGCUGAUUCGGUGCAAACGGUCAUUCAAACGAUGCUUCAAAUCAGCCCUGCACAACUCUUAGAUCCUGCAAAGGAACAGUUCUCUGCAUGCGCUUUGUCUGUUCCGACGCCGUCCAUGUCGGCCAUGUUCACUGCCAUGAAGAAUCUAAAUUACAUUGCUGCAAACAUGGUCGAAUUUGCUGCGGAAAAGCAGCAUUCGGAAAGUACGCCACCGUCCUCUUCUUCCAAGAAACACGAUGAUUUCGACAUUGGAGAGCUUUUGCAGUGCACCGGUGAUGCGCUAAGUGCAUCUGCUGCUCAGGUGGGUGUAGAUUUAGUGUUGUUUCAUGGAGAUGUGGCUUUAAGGCAUGUAUGGGUACGGGGGGAUGAAUCCGGAAUGCGUUAUCUUCUGUCACUACUCAUAACUCAGGUCCUUACCACAUGCCAGAGAGGCGACACCAUCGAAAUUGGCCUUUUCGUUAAUCGUUCACCAUCUACCCGAAGACAAAAUUCUUCAUCUUCUGACUCUGUUGACGCCGACGUGCUGAGGUCCACUGCCUUGCAUUUGGAAGGCGAAGGCCCGUUUCAUUGCACAAUAGAAAUAUUCCACAGGUUUUCACCUGCCAGCACUUCGGAGGGCCUCUCACGACACGAACCUUCGUUUACAUCCCUCAAUCUCCGGCGACUAUUGGUUACAGUUGGCGCCACCUUAUCGGAAUACAAACCGAGUUUUGAUGGCCCCCUGAAGAUAGGGCAUAGUUGCCGAUUGUCGUUCGUCCUCGAUGGCGGGAUAUCGCCCCAGCAAACACCCGCCACCGUUACUGAAGAUAAUAGCAUUUCCACUAGUGAACCUACACUUGAGCAACUCUCAACAUUUGUUGACAGCCUCAAGGGGAAAAAGGUACAUCUGUACGCUAGCUCAAAGGGAUCUUUUGCCCAUCAUCUGACGAGCUAUCUGACCGCUUGGGGUAUGGAUGUCAGUCACAUUCCGUCAGAAGGCGGUGUGGAAAAUGCUCUUGAGCAACCUCCAAGUCCUACUGCGACAUCGAAUAUCGAAGGCUACAUGCCUUCUGGCAUACCCCCGAAAAUGGAACUUCCACAACAACCCAAAUCUCAACCUGCUUCUUUCAUCUUCAUUGAUGAUGACGUGAAUAUUCUUAAGGAUCGUGUUCAGGCUAUCAAAGAAGAACAGGUAUAUCCUCUGCAUUUAAAUUCCAGGAAACGACCAUCACUUGCUGCACACCAUCGACCUCGAUCGUCUCCCCAAGUCGUUCGUAUGUCUGCGGGUGCAAACGCUGCCCCGGUCGUUAUCUUGCAUUUCACCAGUCUUGCAAACUAUAAAGUGACGAAAGAUGUAGUGCAGUCUGUGCUCAAUUCGUAUAGAGGUACAUUAUUGCCCCUCCCGGAGAUCAUGGUUGUACCGAAACCUGCUGGUCCCCGGCGUUUUUUGACGCUACUUCACACCGCGGUAACCAAACCCGUUGUCGAUCCAUUCUUUUCGCCUAUCGCUACAACUCCAAACAGUCCAUAUACGAUCGGAGGCGGUUCUUUCUUUUCGCCACAACAUCACCACAGUGGCAGUCCAAGGACACCUUCUGUUCACCGUCCUUCGGGCUCCCGUUCCAAUUCGGACCGGUCAUCGAGGUCCGUCAACAACAUUCUUGAAAAUCAUGUCAAUCUUCCACCGUCGCCGUUGAGCAUGCAGGAGUCUUCAGAGUACUUCUCGGAGACUGUUUCUAGACUUGGAGAGACCUCGGUGAAGCUUGGUGAUACUGCGCGCGCGGGAGUCAUUCUCCAGAGUCCCGAUGGCCAACCGACCGGAAUAUUCUUUUCACCUCGUGCGGAGAAAACGAAUAUGUUCUCUAGUUAUGGAAUGGAGAGAGAUCGUGGACAUCUUUCUGUUGUGUCAGGAACGAGACGAUCUUCAUCGUCAGUCGAAGGACCUCCGGUCACAUUCUCUUCUUUGCAUCUAGAUCAUGCAGCUUCUGCAGAGUCCUCUCCGCGUUCUAGUGGGAUUAGAGUGAAUGUUCAAAUUCCGUCUCGCCAAAACUCGAGAAGCACUAUGUCGCCGCAUACCGAUACGUCCGAGGCUCCUCAUUCAGAGCCGCAAACUCCUAGGAAAACUAGUAUCGAUUUUGGUUCACGGAAAGGAAUGUUACAUGUCUCGCCCCCCGGCUCGCCACUAGUUGACUCGACUGCAAUCCGAAAUACUCGACGCUCGAAAUUGGAUAGCAAAGGUUUAUCUCCCAUAGUGACUGGUAAGAAGGGCAAGUCUCCCGCCGAAGGAAACAUAGUUCCACCUAUCAGUGUUUUGAUUGUCGAUGAUAAUCCUAUCAAUCGCACUAUCCUUUCGACCUUCAUGAAGAAGAAUAAAAUCAAGUACGACGUCGCGUCGAACGGCAAAGAAGCAGUAGAAAAGUGGAAGACUGGAGAGUUUCAUUUAAUAUUGAUGGAUAUUCAAAUGCCAGUUAUGGACGGGAUUGACGCGACACGAGCGAUUCGUAACAUUGAGAGGGUCAAUUCCGGUUACAUACAACCAUCUCCGUCUGUUGAAUUGGAGGAACUGUUUUCUGCACUAUCAGACGAUACAGACUCGAGAACCUCUGCUGCUUCACCUUAUCGUUCUUCGGUCAUCAUUGUGGCUUUGACAGCCUCAUCUCUACAAAGUGAUCGUAUUGCUGCUCUCGCAGCAGGAUGCAAUGAUUUUCUGACCAAGCCGGUCUCGUUGCAGUGGCUAAACAACAAGUUGAUAGAGUGGGGAUCCAUCAAAGCUCUUUCAAUGUAUGCCGAUAUGACCACGGAAGCUGUUAAGACGCAAACCGAUCAGGCCAAAAACAUUGCUGACCGCUUACAUGUACCCAAGGGCCGGAAGACACCUCCCUCCCCUCCUGCCCCGAAGUCUCCUGCUGUGCUACCCACUACACAUGUGCCCUCGCCUACAUCUGCUCCAGCUCAGAGUCCUUCACCUCGUUCUGGUACCUCAUCUGCUAUGUGGAGUCCUCCUCAGGCGUCGGCUGUGAUCUCUUUUCAUGAAUCAACGCCUACUACGGUUUGUCCCCCGUCUGCUGCCACCGGUAUAUCAUCUUCUUUGCAACCGCCGUCUUCGGAGAACUUAAAUGCAAUAGACCGAGAUUUGAUCCCAACGCUUCGACUAGCACGCUGAAACAAGGUGAUAUCUUCCGUUUGAAGAGUGGCGAAGUGGCUUCCUCAGAUAAUGUUCGUGAAAGCGGAUCUACUUCUUCAGUGUCACGUUCACCCUCUCCAACCACACCAGCUACGCCCGGUUCUCCUUUGCUUCCGGCAACAAUGGGGGACGACGAGAAGAGUAAGGUUGCGGACACCCAAGACGCAGCUAACCUGAGGUUGGAAUUGAACGUUCCCGGAGGAUGCAUAGAGCUAUAUACCCAAAGUGGUAACGUGCGUGAGGAUUCUGUGGUGGUGCCGCCAUGACGGGAUUGGGCGGCCUUUGGAUGGAUCGAGCUACUGUGGCUUUUCCUGAUCUGUCAGAGGGUUGCCCAGUUCUGGCGCAUUCAAAUCCCUUCGAGCAAAAAG